AUGGCGGGGAAGAGGUUAUUUCAAGAUCUUGAAUCUGAUCAAGAAAAGAAAACCGAGAAACGGAUGAAAUCUAUACCAUCCCUUGCCUCCGUGGUCGGAGCAUUGAUGACAGAGAAGAGCUUUUCUUCAGCCCUAGAGCCCCUUCUUAGAACCGUUGUCAGACAAGAAGUGGAACACGGGAUAAAUAAAAGACUUCGAUCAUUUUCUCGGUCAUCGUCGUUUCGGGUCGAAGCUCCGGAGACUCCGACAUUAAAGCUAAUGUUCCGUAAGAAUUUAAUGACACCAGUAUUCACCGGAAGUAAAAUCAGGGACGUGGACAACAAUCCACUUGAGAUCAUCCUUGUCGAUGGUUCAAACAAAGACUAUCCGAUCUCUCCGGUGACUCCCGACCGUCCGAUCAGACUAGACAUCGUGGCCCUUCACGGAGAUUUUCCUUCGGAUGAUAAAUGGAGUAGCGAUGAGUUUGAGCAUAAUAUCGUCAAAGAAAGGGACGGUAAACGACCGUUGCUUGCAGGAGAAGUAACCGUGACCGUGAGAAACGGCGUUGGAGUUAUCGGGGAUCUUGAGUUCACUGAUAACUCGAGUUGGAUUCGCAGCCGCAAGUUCAGGAUCGGUGUGAGAGUUGCGAAAGGGAGUAGCGGUCAAGGCGUUGCGGUUUGUGAAGCGAUGACUGAAGCGUUUAUGGUUAAAGAUCAUCGUGGAGAAUUGUACAAGAAACAUCACCCACCAAUGUUAGAAGACGAGGUGUGGCGGCUAAAGAAGAUAGGCAAAGAUGGGGCCUUUCACAAGAAGCUCUCUUCUGCAAAUAUCAACACUGUCCAAGACUUUUUAAAGUUAGCCGUCCAUGACCUCGAUAAACUCCGUCAGAUUAUUGGAAUGACUGAUAAAAUGUGGGAUGUCACAUUCAAACAUGCCAAAGAGUGUAAUUUUGGAAAUGAGUUAUACACACAGAGAGGACCGGGUUAUUCAUACAACGAGAUUCCUCUUUUGACCCAAGGUGAUUCUUUGGACCAAUAUGGUGCAAACCACUACCAAAACAUCGAGAUCAAUAGAUCGCAUCAACAAAACGGAUAUGUUGCGGAGAGAUCUACGAACAACUUGGAGACAAUAAACGAAGGUGAUGGAACGACGAAGCCUCUCUCGUGCCUUGACGAUGAUUAG